CUCCAUCCUUGCCAGUGAUCGCAGGAAGCGCAUUCAUAUGCAUACAUGUUGGAUGAAUAUAUUGUCCAAGAUAAAAAUUGCGAAAUCAAGUAUUCCUGCAUCAUUCCUCAAAGAAUUAUGUACUACUGAUAUGAUGAUCAGCAGCCCAAACACCGCCAACGUUUCAUCUCUGGCGAUGGAAAAAUAGCCGGAAUAGUCCAACUUGAACGCUGAAACGUCCUCAUGUAGUAUAAAGGGUCAUGUCCUGGUCGUUUCUAGCUCGCCAAAGGUGUCCCAUACGUUAAACUUACAAUGACUGAAGUUACAGGCAAAGUAGACUUCAAAGUCGGUGACGACACGUACCAGACUUGGUAUAAAAUCGUCGGGGAUCUCGCUUCGGGCGUGCGCCCUCUCGUCGUGCUGCACGGUGGCCCUGGCAUUUCGCAUGACUAUAUGACACCUCUCGUUGAAAUCUACAACAAAUACAAAAUCCCCGUCAUCUUUUACGACCAGGUCGGCAUCGGCAUGUCUCUUUUUGAAGGCGUGGCGGAGAAGCCCAAAGAGUUCUGGACAGUCGAUCUGUUCAUGGAUGAGUUGGACAACCUUCUUGUCUACCUUGGUGUGCAGAAUGACUUUUCUCUUCUGGGUCACUCCUGGGGAGCGAUGUUAGGCGCACACUAUGCCAGUCACAGACACCCGGUGGGUCUCAAACACCUUGUCCUCACCAGUGGAACCCCGUCUAUGGCGCUAUGGGAAAGAAGCACUCGCCAGUUGCUGGCCGCGCUGCCAGAAGAUGUGAGGGAGACAAUUGAGAAGCACGAGAAAGAAGGGACAACGGAUAGCCCUGAAUACCAACAAGCGAUGGGCAUAUUCUAUGAGAAGCACGUCUGUAAGACUCCCUGGCCAAAGGAGCUGGAGGCUUCUUUUGCAGCCAUGUUGCAAAAUCCCACCGUGUAUAGCACGAUGGUUGGACCGUCAGAGUUUACCAUCACGGGUACACUGAAACCAUGGUCGUGUCUUGAUCAGAUUCACACAAUCACAGUUCCCACCCUCCUUACCAACGGUGCCAAUGACGAAGCGCAGGACGUCUGCGUCAGUCCUUUCUUCCAUAAAAUCCCUCACGUGAAGUGGGUGCAGUUCUCGCAGCGUCACAUGCCAUUCACGGAGGAGGAGGACCAGGAGAGAUACUUUCAAGUGGUGGCAGACUUCCUGACGCAGACCACCAUUACGGAUAUCAAUGAUUGAGUCGCCCUGCACAUCUAGUCAAUUUAGUAUUAUUAAGUCUAACUAUAACGAUUGAUACCCAGUUCCAGAAUAUGGC